UGGCGAGACGCGGCACUUGAAUUAAAAAUAGUUGGACUCGGUGUAAAAACGCCAACGGAAUCUUUGGUAUUGCCACAGAACCGCGAGGACGGGACAGAUUUCGCGGUACGCGGCAGAUAAAACGUUCCCUGGAAGGGAAGAUUCGUCAUUUCCAACUUGAAUUACUUGUAAACAAUAGAAUAAACGAGUGUUCGUCAUUCGAAUGCUUUUUCGAGUAAUUCACCAUCUUACUGAUCUUUCGUUGUCGAUAUUCUUGAUCGUUUGAUUUAACGAUAACGAGUUAGACCGAUCGUGUCCGAGCGAUAAUAUAAUUGAGAACAUUCUUGUCAGCUUCCGUGGCCAAGACACAAAUGACAGGCGACAUGAAUAAAACGGAACUGAACAUCGUCUUGGGCACCGAGCCGGCGAGGACAUCCUCGAGCGUAAUUCACUCGCACAUUCCGGUGCCGAGGAUAUCGAAUGCAAUUAAAGCCCAAGAAAGGUGUCCCCCGUCCCGCAGGGGUUCCUUCGAGAAGCUGUCUAGAGGAGUGUCGGUGGCCGCUCAAAGGGCGUCCUUCGAGAAGCUCGACGCUUCCGUUCAGCAGCAACGAUCAAGGAACAAUAAUUUGUCGAGCUCGAGCAUCGAGAUGCGGAACACCGAGACUGAGAAACUCGCUCUCCAGACUGCGACUGCUAACUGUAAGACGAACGAGCCGGUCGCCGUGGCGAAAUUGAACAGGAGCAAUAGCCUGGAGAGCAAGUGGAAGAACAAAUACGAGGAGUCGGAGAAGAGGAGGAAAUUGUUGCUACAGAAGAGCGAGGCCGCGUGCAAAGAACAUGCCGAUUUGGAGAGGAAAUGCCAACAGCUGCAGAAACAAAAUAGCACUUUGCAGUCGCAAGUGCAAGAAAAAGAACAGAAACUUCAAAAGUUGCGGACAGUUUCCGAAGCGGUGUGCAAAGAGUACGAGCAAUUGAAACAUCAGUAUGACACUGAAACAAGUGCCAUGCACAAAGCUAUGCAACAAGCGUCGCAGUGGUACAGACAGAAUCGCGAAUUGAAGAGAAGAUCGCAGAUCAUAACUCAGAAGUUGCUACAAUCGAAUCCGGAGGGUUCGCUGGAUCUUGAGAUACCAGACGAGGUCGACUCGAAUUUCGAAGAUCUUGAUCAGCUGAGAGAAACGGUGAAAGAAUUAAGCAAAGAGAUAGCGAGGCUUCAGACGGAGUUGCAUUCCGCUCGCCUUCAAGAGUUCGAAGCCCAAGAGCAGGUGACACAUUUGACCACGCAAUUGGACGAGGAGAGGACACUCCGGCAAAAAUGUGAAGAGAAGGUCAAUGAAAUGAAGGUGCAAAAAGAAAAUAUGGAAAGAGUGACGAAGAUGGUUGCGGAGGAGGUACAAGCGUUGAAGGCGCAAUGCGAUCGCGAGAGAGAAAACGCCAAGAUUAUGAAGAUAGAAGCCGAAAGGGUACAAAAAGAAAGAAACGUGCUGGCUCAUCAGAGCGCACUCCUGAUGGCGGAAGUUGGCGAUGACCCUAAUGGAAGAUUAUUAACCGUCCUUCAAGAGGUGGAGUCUUUGAAGAGAUUAUUGGAAGAAGAGCAACAGAGCCACGCUUCUCACAUACAAAUGUUGGAGGAGAAAUUAGAAGAGAAAGAGUCGAACGUCGAGUUCGAAAUUGUGGAGGAAAAGUUAAAGCUGGCCGAGUCGGAGCUGGAAGUUGUAACGCAAAGGGCGGAAAGGGCAGAGAAGUCGGUGGAAACUCUGGAAGGAGUAGUUCAAAGUUUGAAGGCGAAAAUCAGUGAACUGGAAGAGAAGCUUUCCAGGCCGCCGCCGCCCCCUUUGCCUCCACCUCCGCCGCCGCCGAUGUUCAACAACGGUGGACAAUCGACGAUAAAGUUGCUGACAAAGGAAAAAAUAAAUUCUGAACGAAACGCGGUGACCGACAUGGAGAAUAUGCUUGGAAUUACGAAAAAAACGCCAACGGUUGCGCAACAACCUGCUAUCGAUGAUAUUAUCAAUCAGAUAAAAGGUGGACGUUUCACGUUGAAGCAAACGGAUAAACAAAGGGAAGAGGAAAGAAAAAGACGACAAGAAGCGGAGAAUGCGCCGCCUGCUGUCUCGGAAAUGUUAAAUAUUUUAGGUACCAUGAGAAGAAGAGCCAAACCGAUAAAGCAGUCGUUAAAAUCAACAGAUUCACCGACAUAAAGAUAGAUGUUUUAGUAAACGCAAAAAACUCGUGUCUAAGUUUCGAAAAUAAGUUACGUAUCAUUGUUGAGACAUUAAUCGCGGUACGUAAUUUUUUUUAAAGUAAAGAUCUGUUCUAUGAGAAUACUGUUUAUAUUAUUUAUUUACUCGAAAAAUAAAUUUUUUUACCACUGAA